AGGAGUCCGUACUGUCCCCGGUGUGGGGCGGUGCACGCUGUGCGCAGCAGGGACAGGAAUCCGUACUGUCCCCGGUGUGGGGCGGUGCACGCUGUGUGCAGCAGGGACUCCGUACUGUCCCCGGUGUGGGGCGGUGCACAGCAGGAACAGGAAUCUGUACUGUCCCCGGUGUGGGGCGGUGCACGCUGUGUGCAGCAGGAACAGGAAUCCGUACUGGCCCCGUGUUGUCGUCGGUGUGGGGCGGUGCACGCUGUGUGCAGCAGGAACAGGAAUCCGUACUGGCCCCGUGUUGUCGUCGGUGUGGGGCGGUGCACGCUGUGUGCAGCAGGAACAGGAAGCAGAGGGCGGCACACAACCAACCAGAAGCUGAGGGCGAUGUGAGGCAGCCGGUACCCGCUGUGUGAGGGGAGAGAGUGCUCGUAAGUCUCCGAACGUUUCGGUCCAGGUGAACUUUCUUCAGCGGUUUCGCCUAUAGACAGUGAUUUGACACAGAAGAGGUCCGGGAAGUGAUCAGACUAUGAACAAUGGGGCUGCCUAUACACUUUGUUGUUGAUCCACAGGGAUGGUGCUGCGUUGGGGUUAUAUUCUUCAUCUGGCUCUACAACACAGUGUUUGUUCCAAAACUCAUCCUCUUCCCACGCUUUGAAGAAGGACAUGUAAACGCUGCUGCAAUAUGGGGUUAUUAUAUGACUUCCUUCUUUUGUGUGGUUUCACUUUUAAGAGCAUCAACUGCAGAUCCUGGUAAACUGCAAGAUAGUCCAAAAAUCCCUCUCACAGAAAAAGAAUUUUGGGAACUGUGCAACAAAUGUAAUAUGAUGAGACCAAAGCGCUCUCACCACUGCAGUCGAUGUGGGCACUGUGUCAGAAGGAUGGAUCACCACUGUCCAUGGAUAAAUAACUGCGUUGGAGAAGAUAACCACUGGCUGUUUCUGCAGCUUUGCUUCUAUACACAACUUCUUAGUGGCUACACGCUCAUUCUAGAUUUCUGCCACUAUUAUUACUAUUUGCCACUGAAAGCCAUCAACUGGGAUUUAUUUGUAUUCAGACAUGAGCUGGCACUGCUUAGAAUAUCAACGUUUAUGGGCAUUGUCAUGUUUGGAGGAAUGUGUAGUCUGUUCUACACGCAGGUUGUCGGCAUACUAACGGAUAUGACUACUAUAGAGAAGAUGUCCAAUUGCUGUGAUGAAAUAUCGAGAGCUCGAAAACCAUGGCAGCAGACCCUCUCAGAAGUUUUUGGCACUCGCUGGAAGAUCCUGUGGUUCAUUCCUUUCAGGCGGAGGCGACCACUGCGAGUCUCCUACUACUUUGCCAAUCAUGUCUAAACAGAUGGAUGGUGGGCACAGAUGGGUCCGCCACGCUGGAAGCAAGUUACAGGUUUUAUCAUAACAGUGCUAUGACAGUCUUCAAGUCAAUUAUAAUCCACCCACCAAUCUUAGACAUCACAAAGUGCCCCAGGCUUUGUUUUAAUAGUGAUCUCAAUGCGGUUGUGGGAACAGUACAAGAUAUGUAUUUAUGUGCUGAACGUUGUUUCCUUUCAAGAUGUCCUUCUCCCCUCAGGACACAUUGAGCACCCUCAGGCUAUGAACUAAAACCAUGGAUUAGGAUUUAUGUCGGGCAAAGUUUUCAACUACUCCAUUUUUUUAAUUAUUGUUUCCUUUGCUUUUAUCGCUGCACUGACAAAUUCUGACGCCUGGAAUCCGUUCUAAUUAUUUGGUUUAUUAUUAUUUUUUUAUUUAAUUUUUUUAAAAUUCUUGUUAAACCAAAUAGUAUUUAUUUUUGUACAAUGUAAAACAUAAUGUCUUUUUUUGAACUUUUUUUUUUUUAAUAUGUCAAUUUUAUUUUUCUGAACUAAUGCUGUAUGUAAAGUAUAAAAAGAUAGCUGACACUAAGUCAAUAUACUUUUAAUUUAAAUGGGCAGAUUUUAUAAAUCUUCGUUAUACAAAAGGUUAUUUUAAUGUAAAAAUACUUUUUCUUUGACAGAUUAUAUGGUACUCUGUGGUGACUGUUUUAACUGGUAAUUUGGUUACCCUUUGAUUUUGCUGCUUUAUAUUGAUAUUGUGUUACUAGAUAUUUAACAGGGUGUUUUUUCUUGUAUUCCGGUAUUGUCUUUGCAAAUACAGGUCUUAAAAUCAGAGGUUCUGAUUAUAUCAUUUUAUAAUAAAAGCGUGGAGUGCUUUCUAAUGCGUACAGAUAUAACAAUGUAUGUUAUGAAUGACUAUUAAAUAGCUUUUCUGGUUUCUAGAUAUUGAUGAUCUAUCCUCAGGAUAGGUCCAUUGUAUGAGAUUGGGGGGUGUCUUACACCUGGCAUCCCCACAGACCAGCCUUUUUCUCUAGCCCUCGGUGCUGGAAACAACACAGAAGAUUGAUCUGGAAGCAUGAAGCACCAUCCACUGUCUAGUGGUCGUUUCAGCUUACUUCAGCUCCGCUUUCAGUCAAUUCUUUAUUUCAGGUUUACUGGAAUUUUUGGGGAUUACAGUAUUGGUGGUCUAUCCUUAGGAUAGGCCGCCCAUAUCAAACUGGUGGGUGUCUGCUUCCCCUUGAUCAGCUGUUUGAAGAAGCUGCAUCCUCCUCGUUGUUUACAUUGGUCCGAGCACAGACACUGUGUAUUUCCUAGCGGUUCUGCUGAGUUUUUUGUCCCAUUCAAUUUACAUAGUACAGUUGAAAAAAUGCAUAUGUUAGAAUGGGAUGUGAAUUAAAGGUGUUGUCCGAGUUAUUAUUAUUUUUUUAUUCUUUCUAUGUUUUCAACUAGGCAAAUGUAACAGCUUUCCAAUUAACUCACUUUAUCU